AUGGCUUUUUGUAUCUAUGUUCUUAUGCCCAUUUUGUCAGGCUAUGCUGAGUCUCAAAGCAUACGACCAAUUACAGACCAGAUGAGUGUUAUUGAGGAUUUCCCAAUGCGUCGUGGAGUCAGACCUAUCAUUGCUCGACAUGUCGUGCCACAACGACAGCUCAGUCAAAUUCCGGACGAAUCAACUACAUUCAAUGCAUUUUAUCAGAAAAUCGAAAAUCUCCUCAAAAUCGCUCCCUCCCUCCACGAGACCCGUGGCAAUAUCCUCUUCCUCGCGGAUCAGGUCACAGGCAACCAACCCAUUGUUGGAGAACUGCUCCGGGAGGUGGCACACAGUCACAAAACCGGGGAUCAUUCUCUCCACGUAGCACUACCACCUAAAGAUUGUACGUUAUUGGCUCUCAGUCCUCCAUCUCGGUCCUCUGGUUUGUCCAAAGCUUAUAGUGGCGAAAUCUUCCCAGACAAGAAGGUCAUACAGGCCGGCUGGGGAUAA